CCGGCCUGUGGCUGGGCUACAGAGCCGACUGUGAAUGCAGAGGAUUUCCGAGUCCCAAUUUUGAGGAAGCCCCGGAUGUCUCGUUGAGUUCAUGGCUGUGGGAAGAGGUUUCCUGGUUCUGGGGCUCCUAGAGGGGUCUUUUCGGUUGCUGGAGGGCUGCCGUAUGCUCCAGUGAACAGGUUCAGGAGCUCUUUGCGAGGUCUGAGUGCCUCUCCGAUAACCGAGGGACUGUUGCUCUCUACCUGCCGGUGCUGACUGCUAAUUUCGCAUGUUAUUCUUUUAAGUUGAUCUGAGAAGGCCCACUUCUUGUUCGAGGGAUGAUGGCAUUUGAGCAGAUACCAAAAAAGGAUUGGUACAGCAUUCUGGAGGCAGACCCAUCUGCAAGUGUGUCAGACCUGAAGCAAAAGUAUCAAAAACUCAUAUUAAUGUAUCAUCCAGAUAAACAAAGUGCAGAUGUACCAGCAGGAACGGUGGAGGAAUGUAUACAGAAGUUCAUCGAAGUUGAUCAGGCAUGGAAAAUUCUAGGGAAUGAAGAGACAAAAAAAGAGUAUGACCUGCAGCGGCAUGAAGAUAACCUAAGAAAUAUGGGACCAGUAGAUGCUCGAGUAUAUCUUGAAGAAAUGUCUUGGAAUGAAGAUGAUCAUUCUUUUUCUCUGAGUUGUCGAUGUGGUGGAAAAUACAGUGUUUCCAAGGAUGAAGCAGAAGAAGUGACGCUGAUUUCUUGUGAUACAUGUUCACUAGUUAUAGAACUCCUUCAUUAUCGCUGAGAUUGUUCACUAAGUGGAAUUCUUUAGUGUAUUCAGACACAUGGAGGAAAAUCUACUCCACCUUUGUCCAUUCAAGGAAAUGUAUAAAGCUGAUUUUUAAAAAAAAGGAUUCUUUUUUGUCAGCUCUAUUAUUUGCAGAGAAAAUAUAAGACUGUCGAAGUCCACCCUAGAUUAAUAGAAAAUUAAUUUCAUUAUUCAUAUGUAUUUACAUUUUAUAUUUACAGAUCGCUAAGAAAGGGGGCUUGAAUUAAAAAUUAUAUUAUAUUUAGUGAAUUCCCAUCUGAGAAGUUGGUGCAUUUUCUCCUUGGUACAAAAUAUAAGAAUUUUCCUUUCUUCA